GUUCCGAAUUGUGGCAACCAUGUAGCAUACAAAGACAGCUGAUUAGUUCAUCAUUCUAACAAAUUAGGGAAAAAGGUUGGUCACUUGAAAAUUGCACAUUUCACAAGCGGAAACUGUAAAAAUAUCAACAUGGAAAUAUCUGAUUUAUAUUACAGUAAGGAUGAAUACGUAGAAACUGCUUCGGGAAACAAGGUCAGCAGACAAACUGUUCUCUGCGGCUCGCAAAAUAUCGUGCUAAAUGGAAAGGUUGUAGUACAAACCGGUGCCAUAAUAAGAGGUGAUUUAGCAAACGUUCGUACGGGUCGCUACUGUGUUAUAAGCAAAAAUGCCGUCAUCCGACCACCAUACAAACAGUUCAGCAAAGGUAUAGCUUUCUUUCCUAUGCACAUUGGAGACCACGUCUUCAUUGGUGAUGGUGCAGUGGUAUCAGCGAGCUCUAUUGGAUCAUUUGUGUAUAUUGGAAAGAAUGCAAUAAUUGGUCGUCGUUGUGUGCUGAAAGACUGCAGCAUCAUUGAAGACGGUGCGGUACUACCACCAGAGACAACAGUUGCAAGUUAUAUGCGGUACACAGCUGAAGGUACAAUCGAAGGCGGGCAAGGUAACCCCAAUUUUGUUCCAGCAGCAAUGCAAGAUCAGAUGGUCGACUAUACAAAAUCGUACUACGAACACUUUUUACGCAAUCCACAAGCUGGUUAAGUUUUAAUUAAUUAAAAGAGUAUCAAGUAAUAUUUUUACUAAACAUUUAUUUAGAAUGUAAAAUUAAUUUUUAUUCGAAUCGCGAACUCUGCUUAAAUGAAAACUAAGUAAUGUUUUUUUAAUAACACAAAGGUAGCUUUAAUUUAUAAUAAAAAUAAAAAAGUACUUUAAAUUAGA